UUUACGCAGGGCAGUGGCUCGUGUAUCGCAAUAGCAUCGGACUUCCAAGUGACUUGCGUUGGCAUUACAGGUCGAAGUUUCGGAGUGCAAGAGAAAGUAGGAGCGAAGUGAUCUAUCUCUUUCACGUGAUUGAUUUUUAUUUAUUUAUUUCGUUUAAAUAGAAAACGCAUUAAGAAAUACUUUUUAUGUUGAUGAAGUCCCACCGGGUGUGGGAGGUAGAAAAUAAUUGUCCUUUAUAGAAAGUGUAAAGAGGUGCACCCAACCAUUACUCAGUGGCCAGACGUGAAGGACCUUGAUUUUCCUUUCCCCAGCAUUUGCAGCCUGUGCUAGGUUGGUGGAAAAUGGGCACGCGGAUCCACUCGGUCUCUGGACUUAUCGUCUCGUUGAUAUUUACAUGUCAUCUGAUAAAUGUGGCUCAGAGCUCCAAGGUGUGGGGAGAGGUCCCGCUGCCUGAGGACCUGGACUCCGAGAGGACUGUCGUCCAAAGGUCUCAGCGGUUCUUAGACGAUGACGAGGACUUCACUGCGGACGAAGCAUCAGGAGAUCUGCCCAGUGGAGAGGAGGAUGGAAGCACACCAGAACCCUCAGUGGUGACUGAGAUCAGCACAACGUACUACAGAGCUCUGGUGAACUUCACAGACUCCAUUGUGUACAGGCCUGACAUGGAGGACAUCUCCUCACUGUCUUUCCAGGAGAUCUCUGACGCGGUGGUGGACACGUUGGAGUCGGAGUACAACAAGAUCCCAGGCAUCCAGACUGUUAAUGUGGUCCUCAUCAAGAAGAUGCUGAGGCAGGAUGGGGUGGAUGUGUUUGUAGAGCUUGACGUGGGCUCUGACUACAACAACAAUGACAAUCAGAUCCGCAACGUGCUCUAUGGAGUGGUGAAGGAGGGAACCAUCGCCUCCUACAUUACCUCUGUCCAGGGCUUCCAGUUCAGACGCCUGGGAGAAGCUCUGCCCCCUGUGAACCCCAUGGCUGUGCCAGUGGUCCCAGACCUUCGGCCGUGCAUGAAGGAUGAGCACACGUGUCGUGAUGGGGGUUGCAUCCCUCUGGAGUACCUGUGUGACAACAGACCUGAUUGCAAUGACAUGAGUGAUGAGCUGGAUUGUGAUAAGAUCCGUCCUGUUGCAGUUACCCCCACUCCUCCCACCACCAUCCCCAUCAAGAAGCCCCCACGCCCCCCUGGUCCCCCAGGGCCCUGCAAAGUGGACCAGGCCACCUGUCAGAAUGGGGAGUGUGUCCCCAGAGACUACCUCUGUGACGGAGAGAGAGACUGCUCUGAUGGCAGCGAUGAGUUCAGAUGCGGCACUCCCUCUCCCUGUGAACCAAAUGAGUUCAAAUGUAAGAACGGCCGCUGUGCUCUCAAGCUGUGGCGCUGCGAUGGAGACAACGACUGCGAGGACAACUCAGACGAGACAGACUGCCCCACCAGAGGUCCAGGUGACACGUGUGCCCCAGAGCAGUUUGUGUGCCUCAGUGACCGCACCUGCAUCCCAUCCAGCUAUCAGUGUGAUGAAGAGCCAGACUGUCCAGACCGCUCUGAUGAGUAUGGCUGCACUCCUCCAACAGUGACCAGUCCCCCACAGGAGUCCAUUCAGGCAGUGCGGGGGGAGACGGUGACCUUUAACUGUGUGGCGGUGGGUGUUCCUACCCCCAUCAUCACCUGGAGGCUCAACUGGGGCCAUAUCCCUGUCAGUGGCAGGAUCUCAAUGACCAGUGAGAAUGGGGGUGGCACCCUGACCAUCCGUGACGUAAAGGAGGCGGACCAGGGGGCGUACACCUGUGAGGCCAUCAACGCCAAAGGCCUUGUGUUUGGUAUCCCUGACGGGGUGCUCAGCCUCACACAGAAACCAGGAAACUGUCCAGACGGUCACUUCAGUGUGGAGGGACGUUGUAUCUCCUGCUUCUGCUUCGGCAUCACCAAGAACUGUGGAACCACCGGCCGCUACCGCAACCAGAUCAACCUGCGCUUCACUGACGAGGACGACUUCAAAGGAGUGAACGUGACGUACCCCUCUAGACCAGGCACCCCUCCUCUCUCCUCCACUCAGCUCCUCAUAAACCCUGAGGAGGAGGAGUUCCAGCUGGUCGACCUAUCACGACGUUUCCUCAUCCUGGACUCCUAUUGGACGCUUCCCCGCCAGUUUCUGGGCAACAAGAUUGACUCCUAUGGAGGCUCACUGAAGUACAAGGUGCGUUACACUCUGGCCCGCGGGGAGACUGAGCCUGAGGAGAAACCAGAUGUGAUUCUGACCGGGAAUGGUCAGAGACUGGUCUACCGCAGGGGCAACCCCACCCCCUCCAGGGUGGUCAACAAGAAGGAGAUCAAAUUCACUGAGGAGAACUGGCAGCACUCGUCGGGACGCCAGGUGUCCCGUGAGGACCUGAUGAUGACCCUGGCCAGCCUGGAGACCAUCAGCAUCCGCACCGUCUACGACAACCACAUGGUGAGCGUGGCGCUCAGCGACAUCGUCAUGGACACCACCACCGUGGAGUACAACAUCCAGGGCAACGCCAAGGAUGUGGAGGAGUGCAGGUGUCCCCCUGGCUACUCAGGACUGUCCUGUGAACAGUGCUCCACUGGCUUUGAGCGUGUGUCUGGGGGGAACUUCCUGGGAUCCUGUGCUGGAUGUAACUGUAAUGGACACGCCAGCGCCUGUGACCCUAUCAGUGGACACUGUCUGAGCUGCCAGCACAACACUGAAGGUCCUCAGUGUGACAAGUGCAGACCAGGCUACUUCGGUGACCCCAGACGAGGUCGCCCCGAUGACUGCAAGCCCUGUCCCUGCCCAUACACCGAGACGUCCCGCCGGUUCUCCGACACCUGCUUCCUGGACCAUGACUCCCAGGCCACGUGCGACGCCUGCAAACCAGGCUACACCGGCCGCCGCUGUGAAAAGUGUGCACCUGGGUACCAGGGUAACCCACUACAGCCUAAUGGCAAAUGUUUUCCAAACACAAACUCAAAGUGUGAUAGCAGAGGAACAGUGAACUCCAACAGCAGACCAUGCGCCUGCAAGUCCAAUGUGGUGGGGUCGCAGUGUGACGAGUGUAAGAGCGGCGCCUUCCACCUGACAGAGGAGAACCCAGAAGGCUGUCUACAGUGCUUCUGUAUGGGCGUCACCAAGCAGUGUGCCAGCUCCACCUGGAGCCGAGACCAGGUCCGUGGCGGUGUGAAUGGGCAGCUGUUCUCCCUCUCCAACAGUGCUAACUCCAGGACUAUCACAGACGGUAUCACCCAGAAGGGCUCCUCAGAGGUGGCAUACCGCUCCUUCUCUGACAUCCCCAAGGACAUCUACUACUGGGUCCUACCAGACAGCUUCAGAGGAGACAAGGUGACAGCCUAUGGCGGAGAGCUGCGAUACACUGUGCGCUAUGAGCCGCGGCAACGCUCCCUGGUGAUUGACGGACAGCCGGAUGUGGUUCUCCAAGGCAACAGCAUCUUCCUGGAACACUUCUCCCAGACAAAGCCCCUCCCCCGCGCACCUACCACCGUCACUGUCACCUUCAGAGAGUCUGCAUGGAGGCGUGCUGAUGGACAGCCCUGUACUCGUGAGCACCUCCUCAUGGCCUUGGCUGAUACUACUGUAUUCAUGAUCAGAGCCACCUACGCUGACAACAUGGCUGAGACCAGUCUUUCAGACAUCCAAAUGGACAUUGCAGUUCUACGCUCCACAGGCAACGAACAUGCCCUUGAGGUGGAGGAGUGUGCCUGUCCCCAGGGCUACAAAGGACCAUCAUGCCAGGAGUGUGAUGUGGGCUACACCCGAACAGGCUCUGGGCUCUACCUGGGUACCUGUGAGAGGUGCGACUGUAACGGCCACGCCAGCGGCUGUGACCAGGAGACAGGCGCGUGCUUGCAAUGCCUUCACAACACGGCCGGAUCAAGGUGCGAGCGCUGUUUGCCAGGUUUCUACGGCAACCCUGUGACGGAUGGCCCCCAGGCCUGUCAGCCCUGCUCCUGCCCUGGCACUUCCCCCAGCAACCAGUAUUCUCAGUCUUGCUACAAGGAUGUGGAUGGUCAGCCCACUUGUGAUAACUGUCCCCCUGGCUUCACUGGCCGGCGCUGCGAAAGAUGUGCUGCUGGGUACACAGGCAACCCCCAGCUCGGCCAGAGGUGUAGUGACCUGAAUGGUAACUGCUAUAACUGUGACCAGAGAGGAAGUGAAGGAUGCAAUGGGAAUGGUGUGUGUCGCUGCAAGAUGAACGUUGAUGGCCCUGCCUGCUCCAACUGUAAGCAGGGAACCUUUCACAUCAGCACAGACAACAAAGAUGGCUGCCUGUCCUGCUUCUGCAUGGGUGUCACACAGCAGUGCUCCAGCUCCUCCCACUACAGAGACCAGGUGGCAUCCGUCUUUGUCCCUGGCAACUUCCAGGGCUUUGCUUUGGUCAACCGGCAGCGCACCAACCGUAUCUCCACCGGCUUCACUGUGGAAGUGUCCACCGAUGGCACACAGCUCUCCUAUAGCAACUUUGACUACCUAGGCCAGGAGCCCCACUACUGGCAGCUGCCUGGGGUCUACCAGGGGGACAAGAAGGAAGCUUUCUUUGCUCGUAUGAGACGAGCACAUCAGGAACAAGUGAAGAAGCUGGAUGAUGAGAUCUGGGAAAUUAUCUCCAACUUUGGCAACAAAGGCUCUCCGGCAGUCUCUCCCCCCUUCCCUCCCUCCUCCUCCUCUUCCUCGUCUUCCUCUGAGAGGAAGAUCCCCAGCCACUCCUAUCAUGCUGGGUCUCAUACCCCCAUGAAGCCCUUCUCUCCCUCUUCCUCCCCCUCUGGUAUUUCCUCCCUGGUACGGCCUACUAGGCCUCAGCCAGCCUCCCCCGGCCCCUCCCCUCAACUCCAGACUAAACGGCGUGGGACGAAGAACAUAUAUGCUUUGGUCUACAAACGUUUCAGCUUGCACCCAGAUGACACCCUCUACUGGCAGCUUCCAGAUCAGUUCAAAGGGGAUAAGGUGAGCUCCUACGGCGGUAAGCUGAAGUACACCAUCUCUUACGUAGCAGGACAGAGAGGAACAGCCAUCGAGGACCCUGACAUUCAGAUUAUUGGAAAUGACAUCACGCUGGUGGCUCGUCAGCCAUGGCAGAGGGGACAGGGGACAAGAGAGUCCCGCCAGUUUGAGGUUCUCUUCAGAGAGGAGAACUGGCGUCGUCCAGACGGCAUGCCUGCCACUCGGGAGCACCUGAUGAUGGUGCUGGCUGACCUGGAUGACAUCCUGGUGCGGGCCUCCUACUACACAGAGAUGAGGUCCUCCAGCAUCUCCGAGGUCAGCAUGGAGGUGGCCGUGCCCAACUACAGCGGCCUGGCUCAGGCUCUAGAGGUGGAGCAGUGCAGCUGCCCGACUGCCUACCAGGGACUCUCCUGUCAGGACUGUGCUCCUGGCUACACCAGAACCGGAGGUGGCCUGUACCUGGGCCACUGUGAGCUGUGUGAGUGCAACGGGCACUCUGACUCCUGCCACUCAGAGACUGGCAUCUGCACGAGCUGCCUCCACAACACCCAGGGAGGAAUGUGUGAGCAGUGUGCCCCGGGCUUCUUUGGGGACCCCACCGCUGGAACCCCAGAGGACUGCCAGCCCUGUGCCUGCCCCCACACAGACCCUGACAACCAAUUCUCCCCUACCUGUGAAAGCCUGGGUAACGGUGGUUAUCAGUGCACUGCCUGCCAGCCUGGAUACACUGGCCAGUACUGUGAACGCUGUGCACCUGGAUAUGUUGGAAAUCCACAGGACAGGAUUAAGUGUCGUCCAUUCAACACAGUGGCAGCCUCUCUGGUGGUGAAGGUGUACCCUGAGAGGGUGUUGGUGGCCCAGGGCAGCCCUGUGACCCUGCGGUGCCAGGUGACCGGCUCUCCACCCCACUACUACUACUGGUCCAGGGAGGAUGGAAAGCCCGUCACCAACAGCGCCGACAGACGCGGACAAGGAGAGGAGCUGCAUAUCCCCAGUGUUCAACCCAGUGACGCAGGCAUCUAUGUCUGUACCUGCAGAGACCAACGCAACACCAACAGGAGCCGCGCUGAGAUCAUCGUCACAACUGUCUCAUCCAAACCCAUUGAAGUGACCAUUGAGGAGCCCAAAGCGCAUAGCGUCACAGUUGGAGCAACAGUCAGCUUCAUCUGCACAGCCAAGAGCAAGUCUCCAGCCUACACCCUGGUGUGGACCCGGCGGGGUAAUGGCAAGCUGCCCAACAGAGCCAUGGACUUCAACGGCAUCCUGACAAUCCAGAAUGUCCAGCCUGAGGACGCUGGCAUCUACGUGUGUACAGGCUCUAACAUGUUUGCCAUGGACGAGGGCACUGCCAUCCUCUACGUGCCAGAGGCCUCACAGACUCCGACGUUUUACACAGCCUAUGAAAUGUUUGAAGGACAUAGAAAGCCUGCCGAAGGGGCCGAGCCAGUGGCUACCGCCACUCCACCUGUCCUGACCAUCCAGCAAGGAGGCCGCGCUGAGUUCCGCUGUACUGUGACUGGCAACCCUACCCCUGCCAUCGAGUGGUUCGGUGGAGGUCCUGGUAACAGAAUGAGCCCCAAUGCUGUGGUCCAUGGAGGAGUACUAACCAUCCCUGCUGUGGAGAGGGGGGAUGAGGGGGAGUACGUCUGCAAGGCCCUCAACACCCAUGGAGAACACACAGCACGGGCUGUCCUCUACGUACACAGUGGGUCUCAACAUCAACAGCAGGCCAAUGUCACAGGUGCCAGCCUGCCCCACGUGCAGGUGAGCCCCCAGAGAGUGGACAUCCAUGAGGGGGAGACGCUGAGGCUGUACUGCCGGGCUGGAGGCACGCCCAGCCCCGGACUCACCUGGAAGAAACAGGGAGGACAACUUCCUCCGCAGGCCAUUCCUUCUCACGGUUUCCAUCAGUUUAAAAGCAACAGUCUCGAUGUGUUACAGAGACGUAUUGAGGAGCUGCAGACCCGCAUGGAGCGUACAGACAUUGGCACCCUUCUCAUCCCCAACAUCAAGUCCUCUGACUCUGGCACCUACCUGUGUGUCGGAACCAACUCCAUAGGGUCCUCAGAGGCUCCCAUCGAGGUCACUGUCAAUAGAGCAAUAGGAGGAGACACCAUCUCAUCAGCCAUCACCAUCCAGCCCUCCAUAGCUGACGUCCAGGAGGGACAGUCUCUGGACCUUAACUGUUUUGUCCCUGGUAACCCCCCACCUGCUGUCACCUGGAGGAGGUCUAGUGGACGCCUGUCUGCCAAUCACCAGGUUCUGGGUACCCAGCUGCGUAUCCUCUCUGCCAGCCCAGAUGACUCUGGGGAGUAUAUCUGUCGUGCGGAGGCAGCGCCUGGUAAACCUGUCCGUCAGGCCUCAGUCUCUGUCUCAGUCACAGCCACCUCCUCUCGCCUGCAGACCCCUAUCAUCUCCAUUGAGCCCCACAGUGCAGCGGUGCGAAAGGGAGAGUCAGCCAGCUUCAAGUGUAGGGUCUACAGUGGAGCCCAGCCCGUUCGCCUGGAGUGGAAACUGUCCAACAACCAGCCCCUUCCCGACAAUGUGAAGAUUGACCAUUACGGCUCUGUCCUCAUCAUCACUGAUGCCCGCCCUAGCAACCAGGGCACCUACCGCUGUGUGGCUAGCAACUUGUUUGGAAUCACCCAGAGCAUGGUCUCUCUGAUUGUCAGAGAGUCUCCCGUAGCGACUGUCACCCCUCAGGGGCCCGUGCGAGUCAAGGUGGGUGAACCCAUCAAUCUGGAGUGUCAGGCCUCCGGGGAGCCACGGCCAUCUGUCACAUGGCACAGGCUGGACAACGCCCGCAAGACCAUGCUGAGUAGUCCUGUGCCCAUGGAGUCCAACGCUGUCAUGCAGGUCCUAGUGGCCCGUCCAGAAGACAGUGGCACCUACGUGUGCACGGCCCGCAACAACGAGGGAACCACCGAGACCAGGGUGGAAGUGAUCGUGGAAGGGGGUGCCCAGGUGCCCACCUCGCCACGUGCCUCUGUGCCAGAACCCCUUAUGGUGGUGGUGGAGGGACAGACCACCACACUGAGAUGUGACGCUCACGGAUUCCCCUCCCCUAAGAUCACAUGGUCUAAGCUGCGUGCCCCUCUUCCCUGGAGACAUAAGGUAGUGGACAACACCCUAGUCCUGCCCAGUGUUGGCCGGGCAGACUCUGGAGAGUACAUCUGUAACGCCACCAACAACAUGGGCACCACAGAGGUCACCAUCAUGCUGGAUGUGGAGACUCCUCCCUAUGCCACCUCCCUGCCCGACGACGUGGCAGUGCGUGUGGGCGAGGUGAUCCGACUGCAGUGCCUGGCCCAUGGUACUCCCCCCCUGCUCUUCCAGUGGACCAAGCUGGACGGCAGCCUGUCCACCAGGGCUGACGUCCAAGCAGGAGACCUCCAGAUCAACCUGGCCACAGCCGAGGACACUGGCACUUACAAGUGUGUCGCCACCAACAAAGUGGGCACCAGUGAAGCACAUGCCAAGGUUACAGUCAGAUCACCCCUAGCGGUGCGUGUGUCUCCUCAGGUGGAGGUGAAGGCCCAGGGUAGUGCUGUGGAGUUCACCUGCUCUGCUGCAGGAGGCCUGGGGACCACCAUGGAGUGGCUGAAGGAAGGAGGAGCCCUGCCCCCCAACCAUCACAUCAAAGACGGAGUACUGAGAAUUGAGAACCUGGAUCAGAGCAAUGAGGGUGUCUACAUCUGCAGAGCCACCAGUGUUCAUGGCCAGGCUCAGGAUACCGCCAAGCUCACCAUCCAAGCCCUUCCCAAGGUAAUGAUCAACGUACGUACCUCAGUGCAGACUGUUAUGGUUGGUAACUCGGUGGAGUUUGAGUGCCAGGCCAUCGGCGAGCCCCAGCCCACGGUGCGCUGGAGCAAGGUGGGAGGGCUGCUACCGGCACACAUUGUGGUGAAGGGCGGCAUGCUUAAGAUCGAACAGGUGACAGACGCUGACGCUGGACAGUACCGCUGCACUGCCACCAACGAUGUGGGCUCUGUGCAGUCCCAGGUGGUCCUCAAUGUCCAGUCCCUACCCCAGAUCGCAGCUCUGCCAGAGCUGAAGGAAGUGACAGUGGGAUCUGAUGCUGUCCUGCCCUGUGUGGCAUCAGGAUACCCAGUGCCUGCCAUCAAAUGGUCCAAGCUGGAUGGGGAGCUUCCUCCUAAGUGUAUACAGGUAGUCAACACCUUGACGGUUCCUGGAUUGACCCACGAGGAUUCUGGGACAUACGUGUGCACUGCCUCCAACAAGCAGGGAAAAGUGGAGGCCUUCACCACCCUCAAAGUCCAUGAUCGAGUGAUGCCCCAUUUCACCCAGGAGCCCCUGUCCUACCUCACUCUGCCCACCAUCAAGAACGCCUACAAGUCCUUCAGCAUCAAGAUCAGCUUCAGGCCAGACAAUCCUGAUGGUCUCAUACUGUAUGCGGGUAUGAUCAUCUAUAACGGACAGAAGAGGACCAUGGGAGCAGACUUCAUCUCUUUGGGGCUGGUGGGAGGCAGACCUGAGUUCAGGUUUGACGUGGGUUCUGGCAUGGCCACCAUCCGCUACCCCACACCCAUCAAACUAGGAGAGUUCCACACCAUAGAACUCCACCGAAACCAGACACAGGGCUCCAUUGUAGUGGACAGAGAGGCUCCAGUCAACGGAAGCUCCCAAGGCAAGUUCCAGGGGCUGGAUCUGAAUGAAGAGUUGUAUGUAGGUGGUUACCCCAACUACACCCUCCUGGCCAAGACCGCUAGCCUCAAGACUGGCUUCAUUGGCUGCAUCCGUAAGCUGGUCAUCCAAGGUGAUGAGGUCAUCUUCAAGGAUCUGGACCGCAGCUCUACGGGCGUGUCCAACUGUCCUGUCUGCACUGACCGUCCCUGUCAGAAUGGAGGGAUAUGCCAGGACUCUGAUGCCAGUCUGUACAAGUGUAGCUGUCCCAGAGGAUUCACAGGGAGUAACUGCCAGCACCACUCCUCCCUGCACUGCCACCCAGAGGCUUGUGGACCAGACGCCACCUGCAUCAACCGUCAGAACACCCUGGGUUACGACUGCCGAUGCCACUUGGGGAAGUCUGGAAACAAGUGCAUGGACGGUGAAUUGGUGACUACUCCCCUGUUUGACGGUAUGGACUCGUACAUUGCAUACCCUCCUCUGACCAACAUCCACAACGACCUGCGCAUCGAGAUGGAGUUCAAACCCAUGAACCUGGACGGUCUGAUGUUCUUCAGCGUGGGCAAGAAGAUGAAGACGGAGGACUUUGUCUCCCUGGAGAUGGUGGAUGGACACGUGCAGUUCCGCUAUGAACUGGGGACUGGCCAAGCUGUCCUGCGCAGUCCUGAGCCGGUCACCCUGAGCCAGUGGCACCGCUUGGAAGCCGGGCGCCUCGACAAGGAUGGCUCUCUGAAGAUUGACGGUGGCCGGGAGGUCAGGAGGUCGUCGCCAGGCAAGGCCCAGGGCCUGAAUAUCCACACCCCCAUGUACCUAGGAGGAGUCCCCAACUUUGAUAUCAUACCCAAGGCCCUUAACAUCAGUGUUGUGUACGAUGGAUGCAUAGGAGAGGUGUCCAUCAACGGUAAGAAGGUGGACCUGUCCUACAGCUUCACAGACAGCAUGGCCAUCAUCCAGUGUAAGGACAACAGUCCCUGUGACCGCAACCCCUGUCUAAACGGGGCCAGCUGCAUGCCGAGCGCCGAGUAUGAGUACCAGUGUCUGUGCAGGGACGGCUUUGAGGGUGAGCGAUGUGAGGUGUUGAAGGAUACCUGCCAGAGCAGUGACCAGUGCCAGAACGGAGGCAGCUGUGUCAACAGCCAGUGUGUGUGUCCUGUAGGCUUCAAUGGCCCCGUCUGUGGAGAGAGCCAGGUCUCCAGCUUCACCGAUGCCCUGUGGAAUUUGGAGGGUAGCGGGGGGAAUGAUGCCCCCAUUGAGUAUGCAGUUAAAUUCUAUGACAACGGUUACCUUGCUCUUCCCAAGACGAUCUUCCCCAGAAGCGGCCCUGACACUCCAGAGACCAUUGAGCUGGAAAUCAAGGUCAACAGCAACUCCAAAGAGGGCCUGAUCCUGUGGCAGGGAGUGGAGUCAGUUAAUGGCGCUAGCCAUUUCCGCAAGAUGCAUGCUAGUAAAAAGGUAUCCACCUCACCAAAACACCUGGAACUUGGAGAUCAAGGCAAGGGCAAGGACUUUAUCAGUCUUGGUCUGCAAAACGGACACUUUGUCUUCAGCUACCAGCUGGGCAGUGGUGAGUCUCAGAUCCAGUCCAGAGAUCCCAUCAACGAUGGCAGAUGGCACAAGGUCACUGCUGUGAGAACUGGUAAACAGGGAUAUAUUCAGAUAGACGGAGGUGCCAUUCAACAAGGACAAUCACAAGGCAAAAGCAUCAUGGUGAACACCAAAGGCAACGUAUACCUGGGUGGCGCCCCGGACAUAUUUGCGAUGACGGGAGGGAAGUUCUCCUCGGGGCUCGAAGGUUGUGUGAGGAACCUGUCUCUGAUGAACGCCCGGCCGGGAGAGCAGCUGGCCAGACCCAUCGAGCUGCAGGCCACCGCAGAGAAUGGCAUCAAUGUGGGCCGUUGCUCCUCAUAGACCUACAGCAGCCCCCACACAAACAGACACACACACACACACAGAGAGAGACUAUGGAGACAAGAUACACACAGACAUUCACAGUUACACGCAAACACACAGAGACUUACAUACAUGCGUACACAGUCAGUUUGAUACAAAUGUGGUGCUUUGCUCCUACCAAAAACAAAGAUACACAACACAAAAUGAUAUUUUGCUCUAUGUGCAUUAAACCAAAAAAAAGAUAAAAAAUGAAAUGAUAUUAACAAGUCUUCACUUCCUCAGUGUUGUAUUGUCAAUGAAGGUCAAGGACUAUUAACACAGAUCCAGUACAGUUUACAUACUCCCGGCAGUAGCUUUUAGCCAUGACAACAAGAGAGUAAAACGCUAUAGGCCUUCUACGAUGGGUCAGAUCCUAUGGAGUUGGAGAUGUUUUUACAGCACUGAAUUUUUAUUUAUAUACAUAGAAAUAUAUAUGAUAUAUUUGUGGGGGAAACAUGCAAACUAACCAUAACUGCUCUACUUUGUCCUAGAGUUGAUUCUGGGUUCUAAUACUGUGUGUCCAGGGCUUUUUUAUAGGGCCUAGUUGUGUUAAUACUUGAAGACAUUUAGGCCUUCUACUUUCUUCUUCACUUCUGUAGGGGAACCUGAGGGGCGAGCAUGAUCACAGCCUUGUCACACUAUUGGUAGGGGGGUCACAGAGGUCACGUCACAAAGCAGCAUCAAGACACAUCUCAGGGGAAGACAGGAUUUUAAAAACAAACAGACAGGAUUUAAAAAACAAGCUAUUAGAAGUAAUGGUGCCGUUCAAUUCUGCCAAAUCAUUUCUGAUCUGAUUCUAAAAUACCUUGCCUUUCCAUACCUAGCAUGGUUGCCUCUUUUGUGUCUGUAAAUUGUUUUUUAAAAACUUGGUGCUAUUAAGUCAGACAUGAAAAUACAGCGCACUAACACUCAUGUGUCUGUCUCCUUAUAUUAAUGUAGUACAUAUGUUGUUACAUUUACUUAAUUUCUACAUUUGAAAUAAUAUCAGUGUAAAACACAUGUUACACUACUUUCUUUCACCUCUCCUGAGGUUUGGGAGGUUGUGUUGUUCUCCAGAUUAAAUCUGAGGUUUAUUUUAGUAUUUUUAGUGUGGCUCAGUCUCCUCAUGAGUCCUAUCUGAUUGAGUAGAUCUCAAAAGACGUCAAGGUGGUGUUUUAAAGAAUGAAUGUAGAUUGUAUUUUGAAGUUUUUUUUAUUAUGAGCAGUUCUGAGAAUUCUAAGACAUUUUGUAAUGUUGCUUCUGCAGUCACAAUCAUGUGCUUACUAUUUCCAAGUCAGGUAAAUAUCAGUUUAGUCUGGGUAUGUGGGGGUCCCAGGACCAACUUUGGGAAACCCUGAUUUAGUAGACGCUCUUAUCCAGAGCAACUUACAGUAGUGCGUGCACUAUACAUUUCUCAUACUGGUCCACUGUGGGAAUUGAACCCACAACCCUAGCGUUGCUAGUGCCAUGCUCUACCAACUGAGCCACAUGGGACCAUAUUUUUAUCCCUAUAUGACGUUGUGUGUGUACUGUAUGUGAUUGUACUAAAUGCGUAUAAACUGUGCACUGUUGCUCUAUGUGUGUGUACUUUAUGUUCGCGUCUCGCCAUCUAAAUCCUCAGGAGGGUUAACGCAGAACUGCGUCAAGAUGUUCCUCAGUCAUUUUCAGAUUCAGUAGCAACUAGCCUCAGUAGGUCUCAUAGAACUAACAGGUCUGAUAUGGAACUCUAGCAGCUGCAUCAUUUUGUUAGCUGUUGUACAUAACGCACUAUGCAAGCAGAUUCAUACCAAACUAUUUUGACAUGGAUAUGGCUUCCAUAACUUGGGGUAGACCGAUUGGAUGAGACGAACAGUAGACAUACAGCAGACAGAGUAGAUUACUUCAGCAGUGGGGGAAAACAGUUUAAACCUGCCUGGUGGGGUGCGUGCUAACUGUGACCUAUGGAGCUCCAAUGAGCAUGCUCGCCCACACUGGUUGACCACAUGACAAAUAUGGCAUCAUAGUUUCACAAACUUUUCACAUUUUGUAAGUUUAAGAUUAUGUUGAUUAAUAUUCUAAAAAUGAGCAGUAUCAUUUCACUUAAAGUUGCUUCAUUUUUAUUUAUUUUUGUUUCUUUAUUUGAUUCAUUUCUGUUGUUUAUUUCAGGCUUGAUUCUGCUGUUGUAGAGCAAUCAGAAAAGCUUGCCAUCAUUUUUUUUCUUGCGUUAUUGUGUAUUCCCUCCCCACAUCCCCAUGCCCUUCAUGUUGGAUUUUUAAUACCGUUCUUCUGUCUUCCCCGACUGAAGUUCCCACCAUGACAUAUACAGUCUCAGUUGAGUGUCUGUGGAACAACUGUGGUAACUGACAGUAACAUCAGCCCGAGAAGGGGUUGUCAACUGCUUUGUGCCAGACCCAAAUAAAUCUAUGUGUAUCUAUAGAUCUAUAUAUACAGUAUGGCUCUGGUUUGAAAUGAUAAAAUGAAGGAUUUUAGGCUCUGUAUAUCACAUUGAGUAGAGUCACCAUUACUCAUUGGGAAAGGUUACAAUGUGAUUAUUGUGUAAUUGACAGGAGUAAACACUGCAUAAACACAGAUGAGAAAAACAUCUUACAAUCACAAAUCAAUAAUACAUUGAAUUCCCAUUUGUGUAUAUCAUCAUAAGAUAUAUUUGGGUAUGGUUGAUGUACUGAGUAUGUAUGAAGUAUGUAUGGCCACUCAUCAUUGAUGAAGAUAUUAUUUCACCUAUUUUGACAUUUUUAAUAUUGUCUCUGUUCUUUUUUGGGAUUAAGACAUGUUGAAAAAUACUGUCACAAAUUUCUAGUGAAUGGAAGUGUACUACACAUAAUAUUAUUGUCCAUUGGAUGAUACUGCUCUUGUUCCUGACUGAACCAUUUCCAGAGUUGAAAGGAAUGACUCUUCCCCUCCCUCAGUGUUUCUUCAUUAAAACAACAUUCAUGUGCUAUUUAGAA